GGCUCCGCGACGCUUCUGGCAUUUCCUGUGUCCGUUGGCAGAAGAAACUUGAGGGGGAAGAUUAGCUAACUACAUUUGAAGUGUUUCUGGGACUUACUUGAGACUCUGGUAGCUUUUCUUUUUUUCUGUAAUGAAGGAAACAACAGUGAUGUCAUUAUCUAAUAUCUUUCGCGGACGCUUGUCAUAACCGCUCAAUAAUGAAGAGACAAGACACUGAGGAUGAAGUGGACAUCUGUGGAGGGUCUUCUUCCAGCACGGAUGGCACAGCAGACAGUUCAGUUACCCCCGAAGUGACUGACUGUCCAAAAGAACCAAACACGCAGACAGACAGUUCUCCAACGCUUCAUUCCCGAACAGAUGAAGGCUUGGCUGAGGCCGGCGCGCUGCCCCCCUGCAACGACAUGGCUGAGGAGUUGAGCAGGCAGCUGGAGGACAUCCUCAGCACAUACUGCCAGGAGGACGGCGCUGAGGAGUCGGCCGUGCCUGAUGCUGUAGAGGUCAACGGCCUGGCGGACAGAGAUGACGGGAAGAUGGAGGACUCCAGACUGAAUGGCAGCGGCGGGGACAAGGACCAGAAAAGGCUGCAGGAGAAAAAGAAGGUUAAAGGACUGGGCAAAGAGAUAACACUACUUAUGCAGACUCUGAACACACUUAGCACUCCAGAAGAGAAACUUGGUGGACUAUGCAAAAAGUAUGCUGAGUUGCUGGAGGAGCACCGUAAUGCUCAGAAGCAGAUGCGUGCCCUUCAGAGGAAGCAGAGCCAGCUGAUCCAGGAGAAGGACCACCUGAGAAACGAGCACAGCAAGGCUAUCCUGGCUCGCAGCAAGCUGGAGAGCCUGUGCCGUGAGCUGCAGAGACACAACCGGACGCUCAAGGAGGAUGGAGUUCAGCGUGCCCGGCAGGAGGAGGAGAAGAGGAAGGAGGUGACCUCUCACUUCCAGGUGACGCUCAACGACAUCCAGGCACAGAUGGAGCAGCACAACGAGCGCAAUGCCAGCCUGCGGCAGGAGAACAUGGAGCUGGCGGAGAAGCUCAAGAAGCUCAUUGAGCAGUACGAGCUGCGCGAGGAGCACAUAGAUAAGGUUUUCAAGCACAAAGAUCUGCAGCAACAGCUAGUGGAUGCUAAACUCCACCAGGCUCAGGCACUGCUCAAAGAUUCAGAGGAUCGCCACCAGAAAGAGAAAGAGUUUCUGCUGAAGGAGGCUGUGGAGUCACAGAGGAUGUAUGAACUUAUGAAACAGCAAGAGGUUCAUCUGAAACAGCAGUUGUCACUGUACACAGAGAAGUUUGAAGAAUUUCAGAACACACUUUCCAAAAGUAAUGAGGUGUUUACUACCUUCAAGCAAGAGAUGGAGAAGAUGACAAAGAAGAUUAAGAAGCUGGAGAAGGAGACAACAAUGUACAGAUCUCGGUGGGAAAGCAGUAAUAAAGCCCUACUGGAGAUGGCAGAGGAGAAAACACUUCGAGAUAAGGAAUUGGAGAGCCUGCAGGGGAAGGUGCAAAGGCUGGAAAAGCUUUGUCGUGCUUUGCAGAUUGAACGUAAUGAGCUGAGCAAGAAGGUUCAGAGCCUCAGCAACACGGAGGAUGGACAAGGCCUAGAGUCAGUGGCACCAACUGAAGCAGAGUCCCAACACCCAGGCACAGACUCCGACGAGGGUAGCCCCACCCAUCGGAAAAGCACCGAAUUAGACACUCCACCUACAACUUGCACUCAGGCAUGUCACUGUGGUCCAGAUCCAGACACUGAGCAGCAGAGGGAGGUUUGUUUAGCCCAGGAUUGAGCUACUAUUUCUUGGCUAACACUUCUUUCAGUGUCCCCGCCUCCUCUCUCACCCCCCCC